AUGGUCUCGAUGGGGUCGCCCCUCCGCCUGUCAGUUUGGACCGUCGUAUUCUUCUGUCUCCUUCCAUCGAGCUGGACCAGACCACCGCGACGUCCGCCAAGAUGGAGGUGCCCGGCGUCCUGCAACUGCACCACCGACAACGUCCUGUGCGACGGAACCCACGACAUACCGAGCACGUACUCGGCGGACAUCAUCUCAACCUCGUUCCUCAGAUGCGGCUUCACCAGCAUCCCCUCUGACAGCUUUGCCCCUUCGCAGACGAUGCAGAUCCUGUUGUUCACCUCCUGCUCCUUCGAUGUGAUCGCAGAUGACGCCUUUUCAAAACUGAAGCAUUUGGAAUAUUUGUUUAUCGAAAACAACAGUAUCAAAUCAAUCUCUAGAAAUGCGUUUCAUGGACUGCGGUCUCUGGUCCACUUGAGCUUGGCUAAUAAUCAUCUGGAGUCUCUUCCUAGUGGGUUGUUUCGGCCCCUGACAGCCAUAAAACACAUUGAUCUGCGUGAAAACCCCUUACACUGCGACUGUCGAAUCAAGUGGCUGGUGCACUGGGUACACGGACCCGGGAAAAACAUUGCUCUUGGCUGCCAAUGCCAUGCGAGGAAGCCGGCAAAAUAAAGGGGCGGACCUUGACUGAAUUGUCGGAAAAAGACUUUGACUGUGUCACUGGCAACAUUAUCCAGAGAUGGACCUUCAAGUUUCCUCCUUGUCUGUGAAGGCCUUUGAAUACCAGUCAGAGCAAUACGUGGUGAUACACAUCCCUUCGAGGGCCGCUGCAACCUUCCUGGGUGGGGAUGGUGUUGCUGCUUUAGUCUUCCAUCUUUGUUUCCAUGGUGCAGGUAUUGCGGUGGUCUCCUGCUUGCCUUUGGUAAUUGGCAGGCAGUUAUUCGUCGUGGUGGCCCAGUUAUUUGGUGGCACGUAUGUCUACCGCCGAGACUCCUCUCCUGGAAGCGCAUCUGCAUUUCGUCCCUUCCAGCACUUUUCAAACAUCCGCAAGCCCAACGAUAUUGAGAGCUUCACGUCCAUCGAAGGAGACCUCUACUUCAUCAUCGCCGACAGUGCCAAGUCUGGCGCCAGCACCCUAUACCGGUGGAAUGGUGUGGGGUUCUACCCGCAGCAGCAGCUUCCUCGUUGGUAUCGUGACACGGAUGCUGAACCCCUAAUGCUCUCGGGUUCCCCACAUCUGAUCAUGAGUAGCGGCUCCCAGAGGCCUCUAGUAUAUCGUUUUGAGAACAAGCGCUUGGAACGCCUCACCGAUAUUCCGGAAGCCUGGGAUGUCUAUGCCGUCAAACACUUUACCGAUGCGGAGGACGGAGUGUUUGCUUGCCUGGUGAGAUACAUGGGAGACUCUUCUUUGGUUAGGUGGGAUGGCUCCAUGUUUAAACAGUUGCAGCAGCUGCCGUCUCGAGGUUCCCACGUCUUCCAACCUCUUUUCCUUGGUCACCAAUGGCACGCUCUCCUGGGCAAUGACUAUGGCUUCGCCUGGAUAUACCAGCUUGAAAAAUGGAAACACUGGGAAGUUGAGGAGACUAACGACAAGGAAGGAUCUUCAGGGCCUUUGGUGCCCUUGCAGGAACUCAAAGUGUUGGAAGCCAGAGCUUUAACCACUGUGCGUGUGCGGGGGAGGGAGUUUAUUUUUGUGGCGAGCUUCGGAGGGGACACAGUGGUGUACGAGUUCAUAGAGAAAGACAAUUCAAUAUGA